GCGUUUGAAGAUUAUACCAUGGAACCAGAGACGAAGACUAUCAUGGUUAUCGGGGCGCUGGCUGCUGAUCGCAUCAUGGUCGCGCCCCGUGUUCCAGAUGCAGGGGAAAGUAUGGUAGCAACGCAGUACGAGGAAGCCUUGGGGGGCAAGGGCGCAAUCACUGCGCUUUCGGCAUACCGCUCUUGUCACAACAAGGCGUCGUCCUACAAGGGCGAUGGCGCCAUUCGGGUCAACAUGAUCGGCAAAGUCGGCGACGACUUGAGCGGAAAGAUGAUCAAGGAGGAGUUGGAUAAGAGUGGCAUCGAUGUCACUGGUAUCGAAGAGGUACCAAACACACGAACAAGCAUCUGCUCUGCCACGAUCGAAGAAUCCAGCCGCGAAAAUCAGUGUCUCGCUAUCCCGGAUGCGACGGCAGCCUGGAAGAAGGGAGAUUUCCUCAAGGCUAGUCAGUUUGGGUGUACGAAUUGGCGGGACUUGAUCGUGGCGCAAAUGGAAAUCGAUAAGGAUGUGGUUGAGAAUAUGAUCCGCACUGCUGGUCACGCUAGCAUCCCGUUCUGCUUGAAUGCCGCGCCAGCAAGUCCUAUCAAUGAAAAUCUCUAUCGGUCCAUUACACACCUUCUGGUCAACGAGUCUGAGGCUGCGAUCAUGUGUAAGGUGAAGCGAAACAAGGUGAAAGAGAAGACCUGGCCCAAGAUUGCCGAGCAGCUUAGGAUGGGCGGUGUCAAGAACGUGGUUAUUACGCUGGGUGCAAAAGGUGCGUUCUACGCCAACGCAAAAGGCAGCGGGCACUGCCCGGGGUAUGUCGUCACGGUCAAGGAUACCAUGGGAGCAGGUGACGUCUUCGCUGGGGCAUAUGCGUCUGAAUACUUGCGCCAGGAUGUCGGUCCAAAUCAGGAUUGGGAUAUCGAGAGUGCUGUUAUUCGCGGGAACAAGGCUGCUGCGAUUGCAAUACAAAGCUCUGGAGCUCAGGAGGGCAUUCCUUGGGAGGAUGAAAUCGACAAGUUUGCGGCACCGUUAAAAGAGCAUGAGCCCCCCUCUCAAUGUAGGGUCAUAUAG